UGCCUGUCUGCUCACUUGCCUACCCGCCCGCUCACUCACUGAAUCACUCGAGGAAUUAUCUAGUGGAGCGGCGGAAAACUCACGGCGGCGAGCCACAGACACACGUCAGAAGAUCAGCGCAGCUCGCAGCUGAUACGAGUGGAAUCAGGAUCAGGAUCGAUUCGUGAAGAACAGAAUGGCAUUCGCGGGCUUGAGAAAACAGAUCAACAAAGCCAACCAGUAUGUCAGCGAAAAAAUCGGAGGUGCGGAAGGCACCAAGCUCACCGAAGACUAUACUCAUAUGGAAAAGAAAGUUGAUCUCACCAAUGAUCUGGUGGAGCAGUUGAUCACCCAGACCAAGGAAUUACUGCAGCCCAAUCCUGCGACACGAGCGAAGCUCACCGUGAACGCAAGGCUUAGAGGUCCAACGGCAACAGCUGGGCAAGCUUCACAUGCAUACCCUCAACCAGAAGGCAUUCUCGGAGAUUCAAUGGUCAAAUUCGGAACCGAUUUGGGACCAGAAUCGGCAUUUGGGAGAAGUCUCAUCGAAACAGGCGAAUCUCUCCGGCAGCUCGCAGACAUCAAAUAUUCUCUCGAAGACAAUGUGAAACAGAACUUCUUGGAGCCCCUUACGCAACUCCAGCAAAAGGAUCUCAAGGAUGUUAUGUUCCAUCGCAAAAAGCUUCAAGGCCGAAGGCUCGACUACGAUUGCAAGAAGAGGAAGCGAACCACGGGAGGCCAUGUCACCGACGAAGAGAUGCGAACUGCCGGCGAAAAAUUCGAGGAGAGCUUCAAUCUCGCUUCACAGGGAAUGUUCAACCUUCUGGAGAAUGACGUGGAGCAAGUUUCCCAGCUGUGUGCGCUUAUGGAAGCGUUCAGCGAGUAUCAUCAACAAUGCGCGGAGACCUUGGCGCAGCUCACUGACAAACUCCAAGACUUGCGACACGAAGCUUCUGCUAAGCCUAGAGGUUCAUUCGAACCGAAGAAGCUUUCCGAUCUCGACCAGCAACCACUUGACGCGGGCCGUUCACCGCUCCCCUCGCCAGGCAAUGCACCCGGCCAGCAGGGAGGUAACAUGUACCUCGGCAACUUCAACCAACAAAACAGGAACGCCAGGUCCCCUAACGCUUCGCCUAUUCCGUCUCCCAUGCGGUCCCCUGCCGCUCCAUCUCCUUCAGCGCAGAAGAAACCGAGCGUGCAAGCGCUGUACGACUUCUCCGCGGAGAAUCCUGGAGAACUUGAAUUCAAGGAGGGAGAUAAAAUCGAUCUGAUCCGCCAAAUAGACGCGAACUGGUUCGAGGGCUCUCUGAAUGGAAAAUCUGGAUUUUUCCCUGUCAAUUACGUUGAAGUCCUCGUCCCGCUACAGUAA